AUGGCCAAGGCAAACCCCUCAUAUUACCAAACCACCGCUCCGGUUAGCGCACCGGUCCAGUACCAGGAACAUCUCUUCCACCUGUUCGUGCAUCAGCAGCUCGAAGCAACAAAUGGUGCUAACCAGCUCAUUACAGUGAACCCAAAGCUUCCCCAGGGGUUCGGUGUCACCGUUGCUACUGACUGGGACAUCCGCGAUGGUCCCGACACCACGGCAAAGGUUGUUGCGCGUGCACAAGGCCUGCAUCAAGGGUCCGGCAAGAGCAGCGGAGCCUGGUUUAUGUCGUUCAACACAGUGUUCACCGAUGAGAGGUUUAAGGGGUCCUCCCUCAGUGUGCAAGGGCAUUUGGUUUCUGACGAAGGUGAAUGGGUAGUCACGGGUGGGACUGGCGAGUUCGCUUUUGCACAAGGUGUGGUCACCUACAAGAAAAUCAAGGAAUUGGCAGGCGGAAACAUCAGAGAGCUUCGUUUCCGUGUUGUGUGCUUCAACUUCCCAAAGCCGAACACCCUUACAAAGGUUGGGCCGUGGGGUGGGAAUGGAGGGACACCAUUUGGGCCGUGGGGCGGGAAUGGAGGGAUACCAUUUGAAAUCACAGAGGCAGAGCAACCUCAGCGUCUAGAAAGUGUCACAAUUCAGAGUAACGAAGUUAUUGAUGCCAUUGCCUUCACCUACAUCGGUCAAGGCGGUGCAAGGCGGACUGUCGGUCCAUUUGGUGGUGGCGGCGGGGUCAAGCAGCCGAUCGUGCAGCUUGGUCCUUCAGAGACCGUGAAGGAAAUAUUUGGCACAACCGGCAACUUUCAAGGAUCGAAUGUUGUCACAUCACUUUCCAUUGUCACCAAUGUUAAGACAUAUGGACCAUUCGGAAAACAAUCCAACGGUACUACUCCUUUCCGUACCACUGCGCCAGACAAGCACAGCAUUGUGGGCUUCUACGGGCGGUCUGGGCAAUUUGUUGAUCAGCUUGGAGCUUAUGUGCGCCCAACCCCAAAUUAG